UUCUUCCACAUCGAACAACUCGCACCUCUCGCCUCCUCGAGCGAACCCUUAUGUGUUUCGCUUGAGGUCCAAUCCCUUAAAAAACUUUUCUUUUCUUUUAUUUGGUGUUGAAACAAGUUCAGCACCCCACAAAAAUGGCUCCAACAACAAGAACCAUCACAAAUAUGGCUUGCCUUCUGCUACUGACCUUGUCCAUGGCGGCAGUCGCAAAUUCCGGCAUCGCAGACUUCGACGAUUUCUGGAAAAAACGCGCCGUCGAAGCCCAAGAAGCCGCCGCCGAGGCCUACGAACCCAAUCCCGAGAAAAUCACCGACUCCAUCAACGAGGAAGUUGGCGAGCUGUUGGCGGGAAGCAACAGAACCGGGAGGAAUUUGAAUUCGAAGAAAUACCGUGGCCCAUGCCGCGCCACUAACCCCAUCGACCGGUGCUGGAGAUGCAACCCCAAUUGGGCGGCCAACCGCAAGAAAUUGGCCGAUUGCGUUCUGGGUUUCGGCCGGAGAACGAUCGGCGGUAAGAUGGGGCCGUACUACUUGGUCAACGAUUCGUCGGACUCGGACCUCAUGAACCCGAAACCCGGAACCCUCCGACACGCGGUGAUCCAAAAGGGACCGCUGUGGAUCAUCUUCGGUAGCAAUAUGGCGAUUCGGCUGACUCAGGAGCUGAUCAUGACCAGCGACAAGACCAUCGAUGCAAGAGGGGCCAAUGUCCAAAUCGCUUUCGGGGCCGGAAUUACCAUUCAGUACGUGAAGAAUGUGAUCAUCCAUGGGCUUCGUAUCCAUCACAUCGUGGUCGGCACCGGCGGAAUGGUCAGAGACUCGGUUGACCAUGUGGGGUUGAGGACAAUGAGCGACGGCGACGGCAUUUCCAUCUUCGGUUCCUCCAAUAUUUGGAUCGACCAUGUUUCCAUGUCCAGAUGCCACGAUGGUCUAAUCGACGCCAUUAUGGGAUCCACCGCCAUCACCAUCUCCAAUUGCCACUUCACUCACCACAAUGAGGUGAUGUUGUUCGGAGCCAGCGACGGGUACUCGAGAGAUUCAAUAAUGCAAAUAACGGUGGCAUUCAACCACUUUGGCCAGGGAUUGAUGCAGAGGAUGCCGAGGUGCCGAUGGGGCUUUGUCCAUGUUGUCAACAAUGACUACACUCAUUGGCUUAUGUAUGCCAUUGGGGGCAGCCAGCACCCCACCAUCAUCAGCCAGGGCAAUCGCUUCAUCGCUCCUCCAAAUGUCUACGCCAAAGAGGUGACAAAGAGGGAGUACUCGCCGGAGAAUGUAUGGAAGAGCUGGACAUGGAGAUCGGAGGGAGAUCUUAUGAUGAACGGAGCAUUCUUCGUUACCUCAGGCGACCAGAGCAAGAGAAGACCCUUUUCAAAGUUGGAUAUGAUCUCUUAUAAGCCGGGGACAUUCGUCACCAGGAUGACCCGCUUCGCCGGUGCACUCCCUUGCUUCCUCGGCCGGCCAUGCUAGACUCCAAACUUCCAUCCUUUUUUACCAGACAUCGCUGGAAACUUGCCGUCAAAAGCAUAUAUAGAGAGGAACGAGAGAUACAUUUAAUUCAUAUACAACUCUUCGUCAGGGUCACUACUCAACACACAAGUAUGGAAAUUUUGGUUAUUGUGUCGGCUGAAUUGGGUGAAGGCAUAAAGAAGGAAAACACAUACUUGUGUAUCUGGCCGUUUCAUUACCAGAACCCAUAUAAGUGAACUUGUUUUAUGAUUACCUCUA